UGUUCACAAAUGUAAACAAAGUCGAACAAAGUCUGCUCUUGUUGGAAGUUGGACGCCUGUGUAGUUUUGCGAACAUUAAUACUUUUUGAAGAACAUCAAAUGUAACUCGUGAACAUUAUUUUCAAUGCAGUUUUUCCUCCACUUAAAUGGAUACAAUUUAUUUGUUCAUAUUAACUCUACAAGUUCUGACACUUAUUAUUUUAGUCGUGGUGCUCUUGUAUAGGUGCCUCGGAAUGUUCUGCCUCAUAUCUAGCGAGUAUUUUCAAAAAUUAAACACCUUUCCUUGCAGUCUCAUCGCGUCUGAUGAUGAAUGAUUGCAAUUUCAUCUAAGUUUUAGAUUUUAAACCUAUGCAAGUCCGUGUAACGCAAUGAGCCAAACGAAACUGCGCUGAAUCCUCAUGAAGAGCACAUGCAUAUUAUUCCUCUCAGGCAUGCUGUCUCGACAGAUUUUACCGUACUUUUUAAGCACAUUCUUCUUCCUUCUGGGGUGCAUGUUCACAGUUAACAUUUUUAGUCAGCGACCAAAUGAAGAGAUUGAACUACGAUUCACUCCGCAUGAAGGAACAUUAGUUGUUAUUAUUCUCUCUGCUUUGAAUAAUAUUGAAAGGCGGAAUGCCAUUCGACAGACCUGGACCAAAUUUGUCUCAGGAUCUGAUGAAGUGAAGUACUUUUUUGUGCUUGGAACGCGGAACCUGAAAACCCAAACUGCUGCUGUUCAGCGAGAGAUAUCUCUUCACAACGAUAUUAUUUUACUACCACAAAUUGUGGAGGCGUACGAAAGCCUUACCAGUAAACUUUUGGCAUCAAUAGUUUAUGUAACAAAUUUUCAUAACUUCAGGUAUCUCCUCAAAUGUGAUGAUGAUUCAUUCGUCCGUGUUGACAAGAUAUUUGCAGAAUUGCACGAUAACGUAGAUUUAAGGUUGAAGUCUGACUAUCUCUAUUGGGGUUUCUUUGAUGGUCGAGCACAUGUCAAAACACAAGGGAAAUGGAAGGAGGACAAGUGGAUACUCUGCGAUCGGUAUCUACCGUAUGCACUUGGAGGAGGCUACAUCUUGUCACAAAAGCUUGUCAAGUUUAUCGCAGACAAUCAUCAACAUCUUGUUCGCUUUCGAAGUGAAGACAUCUCAGUUGGUACCUGGUUGGCUCCGUUGAAUGUUACCCGUGUCCAUGAUCCACGAUUUGACACCGAAUACAUGUCAAGAGGGUGUUCGAACUCCUAUCUUGUCACCCACAAAAAAUCACCAGCAGAGAUGGAAUCCCUCUUUGAGAACAUAAAAAGAACUGGAGUUCUGUGCAGUAAAGAAGUUCGACUGAGAAAAUCUUAUACCUACAACUGGGAUGUUUUGCCCUCACAGUGUUGUGUUCGCAACAACUCCUUUGUGCCUUGAUUUUGUUGAGAUUCGGCAGCAAGUUGCAAUGCUUUUUCUGGCAAAUCAAGUCGGCCAUAUUUUUAAUUAGUUCUUUUCAUUGAAGCAAUGAGUCUUAUCAGAAGAGAGAUGCAAAAAGGCAUGACAUAUAUUUGCUUUUUUGCAUCAUUGAAAGGGUGCCUUUCUUAGAGACUGAAAGUGGCCUUUUUCUUUAAAAAGAAAAUAAGAAAUAUACAAAGUAUUAAAAUUUGGGAGUGAGAGAGCUAAGACAAUAUACCAGACAGCAUCGGUAGCGAAUCAUGUCUCAUGAUGAACUCUUUUUAGGUACUGGUGCAGUAUCCAUACAGAUUCAUAAAUUUAAAAUUAUGGACUUGUCAAGGUGUCUUUGUCAGUUAAGUUGAGGACUUUGAAGAAGUUUCCGAGGACUGUUAAAAAAUUGUGGAAAUGUUUAGGAAAAUUUAAGACUUGUUUUUCAAAUGAUUGUAGACGAAAUAACAAGAUGACAAAGAAUUCAAAGAUGCUCUAGCCCAACAAGGCUAUUCUAAAAAUUUAAGCAUAUUUAAGGGCUUUAAAAUUUGAAAGAAAAUUCAAAGACCUCAAAGCAUCAUAAAUUCUGAGAUGGUUGAUGCCGUCAACAACUCCUUUAAAGAACAUUUUUCUUUCUUCCUCCUUUGAAACUUGCAAUUUUCAAACUUCUUUAACAAACUGUGGCUCCUAGUGAUUUUUGUCAUACAUUGUAAGAUUUUGUGCAAUCAUAUGUGUUCUGAUCACGUUUCAAUAACCAAUAAGGAUGUCACAUCAUCCAAUGUUAAGAGAUAUUUUUUCACCUUCUUACAAAGAAUGUAUUCCUGUAAAGUCUCAUCAACCUUCUGUAUUUCUGAAGCAGAAAGUCUUUUUUAUGUUAAUAAAAGAAAUAAAAGUAAUCAAAAUUAUGUCUUAAAUUACGCAGCUCAGCUAAAUUUUAUGUAUCUUGAGAUAAAUAAUGAAAAAUGUGUUGAAAUACAUUACAUACAUGUUUGGGGAUCAUAGAAAAGGAUCAGAUUCUAGGAUUGGUUUUGUCAGUUUCAUCAGGUAAACCGUUAAAAAUGUGUUGAAAUAAGUAUGUUUUGAAUUCAAGCAUUGUUUGGGAUUCUUGGGUUUAGAUAAGAGAAAAAUUCUGGAGUUGGCUCAGUUGUCAUCAAACAGAUUCUUGUAAUGUGGAUAAUGAUAGUCUCAGGCUUAGGUAAAUUGAACAUCAACACUCGUACUGGAGAAAUUCAUUUAUUAAAAUGUAUCUAUUGGGAACAGAUGCGUACAAAAUAGAUAAAUCUGAAAUCAAAAGAUUGAUAUAUGUAAACCAAUGAGAGAGGGAAGAAGAUACAUCGAAAGACCUUUCGAUAAAUCAAUUUUUCAAUAAAUUGUUAACAAAAUAAAAUUAUGGUGCAUGAUCAGCAGCAAAACAUAAAGUGUCUCAACUUGUAGGACAACUCCAAAGUCACUGAUGGACGAACCAUAAACUUGAUUCCCGCAUGGAAAAAGAGGAAGAAAAAUCAAGCGAUAUGGUUAAUUCAAAGUUAGCUUUAUUACUUUGGGGAUCUUAAAGGAGGAAGUUAGCAAAAAGCAUAUAAUUCAGAGUUAUUUAAACUAACUAAAAUUCCAUGUAUCCAUUGUUACACAUCAAAUCUCUAGUCAAUCGUUUGUAAACUUAUUGAGAAAUGCUACAAGUAUGAACUUCCUGUAAGUAUGCUCUUUUGCUAAUUUUGAAGUUGUAAUAAUAAUCUUCAAUUAUUAACAUUUGACAUGCUGCUUUUUAAUGACUGAAUAAUGCCAGUUGAUUGGUAUAAUGUUCAAAAUAUGUGACUUCGCAUCUAUGAGUAAAACUUGUUUUCCAAA